AAGAGGCUUCUGAACAGAGCUAUGAAGAAACUAAGGAUGUAUGAGGAGAGAGAGUCCCAGCUUCAUUUUCAGGGAGAAAUGAAGAAUAGGUAUUCUGAAAUGGUCAGUGAAGUUGGUAGAUUAAGAACAAAGGUUGGUGAACUUUCCCAGCAGCUGGAAAUAGAGUCUAAAAAAUGCGUGCAACUAGAAGCACAAAAUCAGGAUUUGCGAGAAGAAUUGUCCACCAUGCAUGGGAACCAUGAAAAACUGGAGAAAAGCAAAUGCCAGCUGAAAGAAGAGGUGGCUAACCUCAAACAUCAUUUGGAGACUAACAUGGUGGAUCAUAGCCAAAUAGAACAAUAUAAAAAGGAGAUGGAAGAACGAGCCGGACAAGAAAUAAGACAAAAACUACAAGAAGUGAAUCUGUUUUUGCAGACACAGGCAGCCUCCCAGGACAGAUUAGAACAAAUCAGAGCCAAUCAUCAUGCUUCACUGAGAAACCAGCUAAAACACAGAAUUAGAGAUCUCGAAUGUGAAUUGGACAGGAUAAAAAAUACCCAACAAGACAGUAUUUUUCAAAAAGAAUCCACACAGGCAGAAGUGGAAAGGUACAAAGAGCUGUAUCUGGAGGAAGUAAAAAUUAGAAGAUGCCUAGCCAAUAAACUGGAAAGAGCUAAUGAGAGACUAGCAGAAGCCAACGCUAAGCUUCUUCAGGAGCGCCAUAGAAGCAAAUCUUUAAUCGCAGGCAGCAUUGUCAGUGGAGGUCUGGCUGCAAGUCCUGUUCUCUAUUCAGCUGAACUGGGAUGCCUUGGCAACAAUUUGGCACUGAACAGAAGUCUAAGUCUAGGAGGAAGCUUCCUAAGCCCAACCAGGAACGCAUUAACAUCAAGAAACAGAGUUGAAGCCUAUGUGGCUAAGGUAAGCAUUUUGAAAUACUGUUCUCAACUAUUGCUAAAGCAGUAA